AAAGAAAGAGAGAAAUAGAAAUAUGGAAUAAAGAAAGAAAGAGAGUAAGAAAGAUGGUCACUAUAGUUAGAAGAGGAAGAAAAUGAAAAGAAGAUGGAUUUCAAGGAAGAACAGAGAGAAACCGAUGAAAAAGUGGCAACGGGAAGAAGGUACAAGAAAGAUAGAUAGAAAGAGCGUGAAUCGGAGGUUUCGAGCCGCGCCUCCUACCUUCAGGGCCCAUGUAUCCACGGCUCGGCACUGUUGACGACGCAGCGCCCUAUGGAAGGGGAAAGGGAAUUACGGGGAACGUGGUUUAGGCACGAACGAUCGUCCGUAGUCGUAGUCAGGCCACGAGUCGAGCGAUGUCGUGUGACCGACCUCUCUUGUUGCGACCGUGUUUCUUUCUCUUUCGACGCUUUUACCUGGAUUAAAUUCUGACUGUUAUUCGUUUCGUAAUUGUACGAUUGUAUAUGCAAUUAAGUUAAGUGACAAAAAAAAACAGUAUGCAAGUACAAACGAUUUCAUCUUUGCAUCAAAAGUAUGAUAAACAAAACAUAGAAAAACAAGAAGAGAUUGGGCGCUAACUGGAUCAUUCUCAGUUUUAAACAUAACACAACCCUCAAAAACACGUGUUCUUAAUUGUGCGUGUCGUACACAUCGAUUGUCGUAUCGUUAGCAGAUGUCGGAUAAGACAUUAUCAGGAAAAUAUGAAUUUCGCGGAAGUGUGUUUAUUUUUCGAUUUCUAAUAGUGUACAGAAAAUUAAACAUAAGAAGAGAACGACGUAUGAUUGUCAGGUGAAAAUAUCGUGUUUAUAUCAUCGAAUGCGACUCAUAUUCUUGGUGUGACAUACGGUUGUUGUUGGAACACAAAGAAACAGGAAGAAUUUAAUACUUGACGAGUUUGGAAACAAAAAUAAAAACAAAGUGGCGAAACAAGAAGCCUGGAAGGAAAGUGUGCGCAGCGUUUGUGGAUGCAUGAGGGUCUCAUGGCUACCGGAUUCGUAAAGUGGUGGCGAGCAAGGUUCCUCGCUGGUUAUAGACCCUUUUCUGUGGUUGGUAAUACCGAAGGCAGUGACUCGGAAGAACUUCUUGGCGGUGUUUCCGCGCCUCGUAGUGGUUCACCACCGGAAUCCCAGCCAAUUUUGUUAGAAACAGAAGCACCGCAGGUCGCGGUUGACGCUUCUACUAGUCCUACGCCGGCCACCGGAAAUGACGAGCAGCCGAGCGCUAGUACAACGAAGCAACUCAGUUUCGAGGAAUUCGAAUGCGACGUUUCGGUAGCGGAGGGCGACCGAAGACGGCAAGAAUUCUCGUUCACCCUGUACGACUUCGACGGCCACGGGAAGAUAACAAAAGACGACAUAGCCGGCCUGGUUACUACCAUUUACGAUACCCUGGGCGCUUCUAUUCAGGUACCUCCGUGCGGCAGUAAGACGAUUAAGGUGAAAUUGACUGUGUCGCCGGAUCAGAGAGGCAGUCAGACGCGAUCGAGCGGCGGCGGCUGUUUGAACGCGUCCUCAAAGCCGGCUGCUACGAGCUUUUCCGGAAAUUCGUCCUGCUGCCAUUUGAAGCACACGUCCUGCAACAAUGCCGGGACCCAUACCGGCGCACACGGUUUACGUAGAGUUCCUAGAAGGAGAAGGAUGCCACGACACCGUUGCCAGACUGAACAGAAAGAAGUGGAUACUCACAGUGAGGAUGACGGUGAAAAUGCGCGAACGAAUCGAAUAAAACAGGAGGAAUUACGCAGAAGGGUGGGGCCCGUGCCUCAUUUACCGUCACCCUAUUCCAAUAGCUCCGAGGGUGAUAUUAGCGAUGACAGCGAUGUCUCCCCCGCAGUUUCCCCCUUGACGCCUCUCCUCACGACUAAUCAACGAAAACGCAGUGGUGCCCUACAAAGGCAACAGCUCUUAGAAAUUAUUCAAGCGAAUAUGGAAAAGAAUAAUCUCAGUUUUCAUACGUCAAGGAAACGACAUCAGAACGAGCAACUGCGCAUUCCAUCUCAAGUCCCACAUGUCGAGUCUUCGCCUCACUACAAUCAAGACUGUCGUUCACCGACGGAAUCUCGGCCCACGGCGACUGCCUACCAUAAACCUACUCGGGAAAAGCCUCAGGGUUUCACAUCAUUCUCCAAGGUACCUGCAAAGCAUAGGGGGAAUUUGAGAAAGACGCGGACACAGUACGGUCUUCAGAGGAAUAAUGCUACUGUGCAACCGCCGCGUGCUUACGUUCAACCUCAAGUUUUAUCAAGAACAGUGAUCAAUCCAAACGUGUAUACAGAUCAACAAACUGCUAAUACGAAUCGCAAUGGGAGCAAUCUGAUAUCGAACAAUCAACACCCCAUCAAUCAAACCACGACCAACAAUCAUAAUGUUCAACGUAACGAGACACAAUUUAGCCAAACACAACAAUGUGGUAAGUCGAGCAAGAAGCAUCAUUUGAAACAUGCAACCAGAGAACAGGAUCAAGCUCGAGCCACGAUUCAAGUCGUUCGUUGGUUGGAACGGGAAUUCUCGCAAAAUGCGGCAGCGAGCUCCGGCAGGAAACAUGUUCAUGAGCAUAUUCAUCAUCAUUAUCAUCAUUAUCACACGGAGGCGCUUGUUUGAUUCGUUCUUCGUUCGAGGAACUUUUGCGCAAAUAUAGUAAAUUGUUUCGGUAAUUGUGUUAAUCCUCGAGUGAUAGGAUGGAGACUAAAUGAUCUAUGUUCUUCCUUCAAAGAUUUUUGUCUGAUUGCUAGCUGCCGGAAAUCUGUUAAUGAUCUUAUAUAAGUUUCUAUUGGAAAUUUGGAACUAUUUUGUUCUUAUAUUAUAGAUUUUAUGUCAAUAAGAUAAAUGAGAAUUGUAUUCUAC